AUGGCCGAGGCUGCGGAGGAGCCGCUCAGUGACGGGGACACCGAUGGCAGCCUGGCGACGAGCCCGCGCAGUGGCCGCGCGCGCGGAUCAGGGCUCCCGGGCUCGGGCUGCCGGCUUUGCCCCUCUGACCGAGCCGCUGGGGUCCCGUCCGGCCCGGCCCAGCGCUCGGCUCCGCGCUCGCGGCCCCACCGCACGGAGGCCGGUGAGGCUGGACCGGCACAAUCCUUUUUUGAGGACAGGAGCUUCAGUCAAGUGAACAGUAUCCUUAAGAAAACCCUUAUAAGAGAGGGAAAACUUAAAUAUGAUAAGCAGGUGAGAAUUUGUGAUCUGAGCCCAUUUGUUACACAUCAGAGAGUUUCUGCAGAGGAAAGAACCUAUAGGGGCAAGGCAAGUGGCCAGAGCUUCAAACAGAAGUCAGGACUUACUCAGCAUCAGAAAAUCCAUACCGUAAAGAGAACCUGUAAGUGCAGUGAAUGCGGAAAGGUUUUCACUAGGAGCUCAAACCUGGUUACACAUCAAAGAAUUCACACAGGAAGGAAACCUUAUGUUUGUGGUGACUGUGGCAAAGACUUUAGUCAGAGCUCCACUCUCAUUCGACAUCAGCAAAUUCAUAGUGAGGAGAAUCCCUGUGAAUGUAAUCAGUGUGGAAAAGCUUUCAGGGGAAGCUCAAACCGUGUCCUGCACCGGAGAAUUCAUAGUGGAGGGAAGCCGUAUAUAUGCAAUGAAUGUGGAAAGGCCUUCGAUCAAAACUCAGAUCUUACUAUACAUCACAGAAUUCACAGUGGAGAGAAACCCUAUGAAUGUAGUGACUGUGGGAAAGCUUUCAGUCAGAGCUCACAUCUCGUUACCCACCAGAGAAUUCAUACUGGGGAGAAACCCUAUGAAUGCAGCAAAUGUGGAAAAGCCUUCAGGCAGACUUCCCUUCUUAUCCAGCAUCAAAGAACCCAUAGUGGAGAAAAACCCUACGAAUGCCCUGAAUGUGGGAAAGCCUUCAGUGGGCACACAGUUUUUCUUAAACAUCAAAGACUUCAUAUUGGAGAAAAACUUAAAUAUGAGAAAGCGUUUAGUUCAGAUCCAGAACUUAAUGGACAGGAGAAAAUUCACAAGGAAAAGAAACCUUAUGAAUGUAAUAAAUGCGGAAGAACCUUCCAGGGCAGCUCAGAUCUUAUUAGACAUCAAACAGUUCACACUAGAGAAAAACCUUAUGAAUGCAGUGAAUGCAGAAAGGCCUUCAGUAGGAACUCAAUCCUUAUAGAACAUCAGAGAAUCCAUUCAGGUGAGAGGCCUUAUAAAUGCAGCGAAUGUGGGAAAGGCUUUCGGGGGAGCUCACAACUUACUCAGCAUCAAAGAAUUCACAGUGGAAAGAAACCCUAUGAAUGCAGUCAGUGUCCAAGACUUUUAACCAGAGCUCAACAUCACAGAUGUUCACAGUGGAGAGAAGCCCUAUGAAUGUAAAGAAUGUGGAAAAGCCUUCAGAUGGAGCUCAGAUCUUAUUAGGCGUCAGAAAAUUAACACUGGAGAGAAAGUUCAUGAACAUAACGAGUGCAGAAAUCCUUUCAGUCAGAGCUCAGGUCUUA